AGUGGUCCACCUGCCUUGGCCUCCCAAAGUGCUGGGAUUGCAGGUGUGAACUACCAUGUCUGGCCCCAUUUAAGUAAACUUCUAAAAUCUCUUAUGUAUAGGAAAUUUUGUGUUUGAAAGCAUCACUGUGACUGAAACAGAUUUUUUUUCAUUGAUUAUCUAUGUUGGAACAUAAAGUAAUUUUAGUCUUUCAAAUAUAGUAGAGAAGAGCUGCUUGAUUACCAUUCAAGCCCAAGAAGCAUGAAUUUUAAUUUUUCUAAAAACGUGCUUGUGGGACAGUAUAUAGAAAAGACUUUAGAGUCCUUGUGUUUGGCAGUAAUGAUGGUUUGAAGAUGACAUGGGGCAAGACUUUCAAAGUAAUUGCCCAAGGUAGAGGUUUUCAAACCAGGCAGUUAUUAGAUUUGCCUGGCUUAGGAUGGGCAAAAUGCUGAGUCCCACGCCCUAGAGAUUUUGGUUUGCCACAUCUGGGUUGGACCUUGGACUCUCUUGUUUUAAAAGCAUACCAGCAGGUGGUUAAUCAGAUUCGAACAGAGAGGCUGUAGGUGAAUAACUUUAAAAUCGAUGUGUAAUUGUUUUAAAGGUAGAUCAGUAGAAGAAGAGAAUCCCUGGAAGAUCUGGUAAAGUUGAAACCAGAGACAGGAACCUUAUCUUAAUGGUCUCUGUGUGCCAAAGCUAAGGGCCUGAAUAGUAUUUCCAUGGAAAAAGAAGUUGAUGGAGAAUAAUUUAAAAGGGCUAAUUGGUGGAAUUUAGUGACUGAAGGUUACAGACAAGGGAAGAAAAAAAGUAAAAAAUGGCUUCUGUUCUUUGAAUUUGGAUGUCUAUAGAGCAAUUACUUUGACAGCUAUAACCAAAUCUGGAGGGAAUGAGGUAGGUGGGUAUCAGAGUUGAAAUGAAGAUACUUGAUUUUAGGCAUGUUUAAUUAAUGCAUUGACAAAUAGAUGGGAGCUACAGGGGAUUUAAAGAGAUAACCUGGGUUCCUGAGAAAGAUUGUAGAUACAGGGUAGGGUAGGUGGAGGUUGGGUAAAUAGAAAGAAUGCCGAAGGAAAAGAAGAGUACUUACAGCUAUGUCAGAAAGUAACAAACAGGAACAGAAUUUGAAAACUUUAAAAUUUUGCUGUACUGCCCAACCCAGUGCAGAGAUGUCUCAUGGUUUAUUUUAGCAAGCCAUGCAAUAUAUUGUCAAUCCUUACAUAAAGUGAAUGCCAGGUUUAUAAAGUUACCGAAUUUUGUAAAUGAGGCAGUAUUAAUCUUUCACAAAACAUUAAUUUGAAAAUGAUUGAGUUGCUUUCGUAUUUUGGCUUCUAUGAGAAUUCACAAAUAUCUGUGUGGGUGGGUGGUAUGCUUUCCUUAAUGUCUUGGAAAGGUACCUGGGGUGAAAUUGAUGGAUAACAUAGUAAAUGUGUAUUUAACUGUAUAAGGAACUCCCACACUGUAUUCCACAGUGGCUAUAACAUUUUUUAUGCACACUAGCAGUUUAUGAGAUUUCUGUUUGCCUCACAUCCUCGUCAACGCUUGGUAUUGUCAGUCUUUUUCAUCUUAGCUGUUCUAGUAGAUAUGUGGCAGUAUUCUUACUGUGGUUUUUAUUUUGCAUUUCUCUGAAGAUUAAUGUUGAUAAUUUUUUCAUGUGUUUGUUGGCCAUUUCUAUAUCUUGGCAAAGUGUCAGUUCACCUCUUUUGCUGUUUUAAAAAAAUUGGAUUGUUUGUCUUAUUUUUGAGUUGUGUAAGCAAUCUUUAUGUGUUUUGGAUACAAUUAUUUUGUUGGCUAUAUUUUGCAAAAAUUUCCUCCUAAUCUAACAUGCACCUUAAAAAAAAAAUAAAAUAAAAACUCUGUGUUUUUGAAAGCUAAGGCUUUUAAUCUUAAUGAAGUCCAUGUGGUCAACCUGUUUUUUUAAUACUUUGUACUUUUAGUGUCCUCGUUAAGAAAUCUUUUCUUAACCUCAUGUCAUAAAGGUUUCCUCAGUUUUUCUUCUAGAAAUGUAAUAGUUUUACUUCUUCCAUUUAGGUCUGAGAUCUAUUUUGAUUUAAUUUUUGUGUGUGGUGUGAGGUAAGGGUUGAGAUUUACAUUUCUUCAUACAGGUAUUCAGUUGUUCUAGAAGACUUCAUUGAAAAGAAUAUUUUUAAUCUAUAGAAUUGCCUUGGCAUGUUUGUUUAAAAUCAAUUAAUUGUAAAAAUAAAUUAUUUAACUAUGAAAUAUUUGUUUAGAUCUAUCUCUGGAAUCUCUCCUCUGUUCCAUUGCUUUACAUGUCAGUUUACCACACUGUCUUCAUUUGUGUAACUUUAUAGUCACUUUUGAAGUCAUAUAGCGUAAAUCCCUGACUUUGUUCUUGCUUGUUUUUAUUCUGUCCUUGCCUUUUUAUAUAAAUUUUAAACCAGGUUAUCAGUGCCAAAAAAAUGUUCGUUAGGAUUUGGUUGGAAUUGCACUGAGUCUGUAGAUCAGCUUGGGAAAGAUUACUAUCUUAUCAAUAUUGAGCUUUCCAAACCGUGAACUCUCUCCAUUUAAGUUUUCUAGAAUUGCCCUUUGCAAGGUUAAGUUCCCUUUGGUAGUUUUUAGUAUACAGAUCAUACACAUUCUUCAUUGUAUUUAUUCCUAAGUAUUUUAUAUUUUGAUUAUAAGUAAUAGGUUUUUACCACUUCAGUCUAUAAGGGGGAAGCUCUGAAACAAAGGUUAAGCAAUAUUGCCAGUGUUAGUUAUUGGUAGAACAGUCUUUCACUUACAAAACAAGUACAGGCUCAUGAGAAAAGUCCACAUUUAAUUCAGAUGAAUUAAAUCAGUUGCCAUUUUAUUACUUGAUAUCUUUGUAAAAGAUUAUAUAUGUGUAUGAGUUUAUGCUUUUCCUUUCUUGGACAUGUCUUAUUUUAACUUCCAAGAAUUAUGAAUACAGUAUUUUUCAAGUGACCUGAAUUUUUGUUGAGGUUCAAUCUUACAAAGACAUACUUACCAUUUCAACUUCUCUUAUGGUAUGUGCCAAUUUUUGAGCAGGUUAGUGGCUAGGUUUUGAUGCCAUUAACAUAGAGCUUUAAAGAAUAGCACAUGUUUAGUUGUGAUUCUUGAAAUCAAGUUCUUACUUGCUUAGGGCCAAUCUGAAUCAUUCAUUAUAUUCAUCUGCCAUUUUUCUCAUUAAUAUGGUACAUAGAUCUGUUUGGUUAUUUCUUAAUGUAAUUGUUUAUUUUACUUCUUGAAUGAAUUUUAUAAAAAAUAAGGCCAUUUGAAAAUGAGAUAUUAGAGCUAAGCUUCCUUGUCUAUACAACUCAUACACGGCCAGCUUUGCACACUGAAAUGGUGAACAUUUAACAAAAGUAUAUUGGAUGGGCAUGUGUCUACAUGCUGAAACGAAAAGCUGUUAUGGACCAUAACUUUUAUACAAGCUGAUCAGCUGCCAUCUGUGUACAAAGCACUGUGAUCAGCAGAGACCUGUUUGUGCCACUGUGUAGACUGAUAGCAGCAGAUUAAUUUAGCUGAGCUGUUCUCUAGCAGUUUGGUCACGAGGACAUAGACACUACCAAAGUGUAGUCAUCACACCACUGAUCUUUGCUGGUUUAGAUUGUGGCAAGAGAGAAAAACUGCUUGCUCUCUUCACCCCAAUACAGCUGAGGUAAGAGCCACCUUUUUUUCUCUUGAAGGGAAAAACGAGAGCAAAUCUGCCUCUUUUAACUUUUCCUGUGCUGUUUGAUUUAAAUUUAUUCUAGUCUUUUCCAUGAUAAUCCCCCAGGCCAGGUAUACAGUUCAGCAUCUCUUUGGCGGAGAGCAACUAGUUUGUAGCACAGCUUGGGUAAAUUUUAAUAACAAAAUUGUAUUGCCAGCACGAAGCAUUUGACCUUGAAGACUGAGGAGAGCAGACAUUGCAGAUUUCCCUACUUGCCCUUCACUUACAAGAGAGUAGAUAAUGAAUUAAUAGAAAUUGAUAAAGAGUGUCUGUCAGGCAGCCGCUGAGGUCAUGAGGCUGGUAUGCAAAAAGAGUACCCAUACAACAUGCGAAACACAUAGCUGCAGCCAGGAGAGGUGGGUGGGUCAUCGAAGCAGGAAAUUAGCCGUCAGAUGGAAUGUUGGCCUCUGUACAAGCUACGCCGCGCGCAUGGACUCACUGGGAGAAAACACACAAGGAAAUGGGGAGUGCUCAGUGUUGCAGAGAAAAGAGCUCCUAUAGAAGAUGACAGCACUAUUGCUGUUAGUGGUACUUCAAAUAUACUGAAGACAGUGCAGGCUGACUUGAAUAAGUUUACAUUCCGAUACCGAGAAUUGCAUUCCACUGGGUAGUUCUGACGUACAAGAAGAAUGUGGAGGCCCAUACAAAGGGCAAGAUUAGGGACACUGAUAGAAGAGGCUUCUAUGCUCUGUGACUGCCUUUCGUGGAAAGCUCACACUGGCAGAAAGUGCUCUUGACCCAACUUGGGAGAGGAAAAUGUGGUCACAGAAACUUCGGACAAUUGGACCUUACAACACCUGCAACACCCUGUCUGGUGUUUCAUUGCCUAUGGGUAUUUACGAAAACUAGUUUUGGCAAGCGUUCUGCAGGAAGUUUUAGGCGUGGCUGUGAAUGCAUUGUUUUAGAGCCUUCUGAGAUGAUUGUGGUGGACUAUAUGGAUGAAAAUGAAGAAUAUUUUCAGCGUCAAGCUUCCCAUAGACAGUCUCGAAGGAGAUUUAGAAAAAUCAACCAGAAGGGUGAAAGACAAACAAUUAUUGACACCGUGGAUCCUUAUCCCAUGGGCAAACCUCCUUUGCCUAGAGGCUAUCACACGGAAUGCACUAAAUCUCAGCUUCCUGCAGAUUUCACAAAACUGCAUCUUACUGACAGUCUCCACCCACAGGUGACCCACGUUUCUUCUAGCCAUUCAGGAUGUAGUAUCACUAGUGAUUCUGGAAGCAGCAGUCUUUCUGAUAUCUACCAGGCCACAGAAAGCGAGGCUGGUGAUAUGGACCUGAGUGGGUUGCCAGAAACAGCAGUGGAUUCCGAGGACGAUGACGAUGAAGAAGACAUUGAGAGAGCAUCAGAUCCUCUGAUGAGUAGGGACAUUGUGAGAGACUGCCUGGAGAAGGACCCAAUUGACCGGACAGAUGAUGACAUUGAACAACUCUUGGAAUUUAUGCACCAGUUGCCUGCUUUUGCCAAUAUGACGAUGUCGGUGAGGCGAGAACUCUGUGCUGUGAUGGUGUUCGCAGUGGUGGAAAGAGCAGGGACCAUAGUGUUAAAUGAUGGUGAAGAGCUGGACUCCUGGUCAGUGAUUCUCAAUGGAUCUGUGGAAGUGACUUAUCCAGAUGGAAAAGCAGAAAUACUAUGUAUGGGAAAUAGUUUUGGUGUCUCUCCUACCAUGGACAAAGAAUACAUGAAAGGAGUGAUGAGAACAAAGGUGGAUGACUGCCAGUUUGUCUGCAUAGCCCAGCAAGAUUACUGCCGUAUUCUCAACCAAGUAGAAAAGAACAUGCAAAAAGUUGAAGAGGAAGGAGAGAUUGUUAUGGUGAAAGAACACCGAGAACUUGAUCGAACUGGAACAAGAAAGGGACACAUUGUCAUCAAGGGUACCUCAGAAAGGUUAACAAUGCAUUUGGUAGAAGAGCAUUCAGUAGUAGAUCCAACAUUCAUAGAAGACUUUCUGUUGACCUAUAGGACUUUUCUUUCUAGCCCAAUGGAAGUGGGCAAAAAGUUAUUGGAGUGGUUUAAUGACCCGAGCCUCAGGGAUAAGGUUACACGGGUAGUAUUAUUGUGGGUAAAUAAUCACUUCAAUGACUUUGAAGGAGAUCCUGCAAUGACUCGAUUUUUAGAAGAAUUUGAAAACAAUCUGGAAAGAGAGAAAAUGGGUGGACACCUAAGGCUGUUAAAUAUCGCAUGUGCUGCUAAAGCAAAAAGAAGAUUGAUGACGUUAACAAAACCAUCCCGAGAAGCUCCUUUGCCUUUUAUCUUACUUGGAGGCUCCGAGAAGGGAUUUGGAAUCUUUGUUGACAGUGUAGAUUCAGGUAGCAAAGCAACUGAAGCAGGCUUGAAACGGGGGGAUCAGAUAUUAGAAGUAAAUGGCCAAAACUUUGAAAACAUUCAGCUGUCAAAAGCCAUGGAAAUUCUUAGAAAUAACACACAUUUAUCUAUCACUGUGAAAACCAAUUUAUUUGUAUUUAAAGAACUUCUAACAAGACUGUCAGAAGAGAAAAGAAAUGGUGCCCCCCACCUUCCUAAAAUUGGUGACAUCAAAAAGGCCAGUCGCUACUCCAUUCCAGAUCUUGCUGUAGAUGUAGAACAGGUGAUAGGGCUUGAAAAAGUGAACAAAAAAAGUAAAGCCAACACUGUUGGAGGAAGGAACAAGCUGAAAAAGAUACUCGACAAGACUCGGAUCAGUAUCUUGCCACAGAAACCAUACAAUGAUAUUGGGAUUGGUCAGUCUCAAGAUGACAGCAUAGUAGGAUUAAGGCAGACAAAGCACAUCCCAACUGCAUUGCCUGUCAGUGGAACCUUAUCAUCCAGUAAUCCUGAUUUAUUGCAGUCACAUCAUCGCAUUUUAGACUUCAGUACUACUCCUGACUUGCCAGAUCAAGUGCUAAGGGUUUUUAAGGCUGAUCAGCAAAGCCGCUACAUCAUGAUCAGUAAGGACACUACGGCAAAGGAAGUGGUUAUUCAGGCUAUCAGGGAGUUUGCUGUUACUGCCACCCCGGAUCAAUAUUCACUAUGUGAGGUCUCUGUCACACCUGAGGGAGUAAUCAAACAAAGAAGGCUUCCAGAUCAGCUUUCCAAACUUGCUGACAGAAUACAACUGAGUGGAAGGUAUUAUCUGAAAAACAACAUGGAAACAGAAACUCUUUGUUCUGAUGAAGAUGCUCAGGAGUUGUUGAGAGAGAGUCAAAUUUCCCUCCUUCAGCUCAGCACUGUGGAAGUUGCCACACAGCUCUCCAUGCGAAAUUUUGAACUCUUUCGCAACAUUGAACCUACUGAAUAUAUAGAUGAUUUAUUUAAACUCAGAUCAAAAACCAGCUGUGCCAACCUGAAGAGAUUUGAAGAAGUCAUUAACCAGGAAACAUUUUGGGUAGCGUCUGAAAUUCUCAGAGAAACAAACCAGCUGAAGAGGAUGAAGAUCAUUAAGCAUUUCAUCAAGAUAGCACUGCACUGUAGGGAAUGCAAGAAUUUUAACUCAAUGUUUGCAAUCAUUAGUGGCCUAAACCUGGCACCAGUGGCAAGACUGCGAACAACCUGGGAGAAACUUCCCAAUAAAUACGAAAAACUAUUUCAAGAUCUCCAAGACCUGUUUGAUCCUUCCAGAAACAUGGCGAAAUAUCGCAAUGUUCUCAAUAGUCAAAACCUACAACCACCCAUAAUCCCUCUGUUUCCAGUUAUCAAGAAGGAUCUCACCUUCCUUCACGAAGGAAAUGACUCAAAAGUAGACGGGCUGGUCAAUUUUGAGAAGUUAAGGAUGAUUGCAAAAGAAAUUCGUCACGUUGGCCGAAUGGCUUCAGUGAACAUGGACCCAGCCCUCAUGUUCAGGACUCGGAAGAAGAAAUGGCGGAGUUUGGGGUCUCUCAGCCAGGGUAGUACAAACGCAACAGUGCUAGAUGUUGCUCAGACAGGUGGUCAUAAAAAGCGGGUACGUCGUAGUUCCUUUCUCAAUGCCAAAAAGCUUUAUGAAGAUGCCCAAAUGGCUCGAAAAGUGAAGCAGUACCUUUCCAAUUUGGAGCUAGAAAUGGACGAGGAGAGUCUUCAGACAUUAUCUCUGCAGUGUGAGCCAGCAACCAACACAUUGCCUAAGAAUCCUGGUGACAAAAAGCCUGUCAAAUCCGAGACCUCUCCGGUAGCUCCAAGGGCAGGGUCACAGCAGAAAGCUCAGUCCCUGCCACAGCCCCAGCAGCAGCCACCACCAGCACAUAAAAUCAACCAGGGACUGCAGGUUCCCGCCGUGUCCCUUUAUCCUUCACGGAAGAAAGUGCCCGUAAAGGAUCUCCCACCUUUUGGCAUAAACUCUCCACAAGCUUUAAAGAAAAUUCUUUCUUUGUCUGAAGAAGGAAGUUUGGAACGUCACAAGAAGCAAGCUGAAGACACAAUAUCAAAUGCGUCUUCGCAGCUUUCUUCUCCUCCUACUUCUCCACAGAGUUCUCCAAGGAAAGGUGGCAGUGGCAAUCAGCUGAGAUCUUUUGGCUCCGGGCAGUUGGACUUAACCAGUUCCUCCUCUUCUCUUGGAAGUGAGAACAGUAACAAGAAUAACAAUGCACCACGGACCUAUGGGAUAGGCUAUACUUUGGCUCCCAGUGGUACUGUGGAUAAUUUUUCAGAUUCUGGUCACAGUGAAAUUUCUUCACGAUCCAGUAUUGUCAGCAAUUCGUCUUUUGACUCAGUGCCAGUCUCACUGCACGAUGAGAGGCGCCAGAGGCAUUCUGUCAGCAUCGUGGAAACAAACCUAGGGGUGGGCAGGAUGGAGAGGCGGACCAUGAUGGAACCUGAUCAAUAUAGCUUGGGGUCCUAUGCACCAAUGUCCGAGGGUCGAGGCUUAUAUGCUACAGCUACAGUGAUUUCUUCUCCAAGCACAGAGGAACUUUCCCAGGAUCAGGGGGAUCGCGCGUCGCUUGAUGCUGCUGACAGUGGCCGUGGGAGCUGGACGUCAUGCUCAAGUGGCUCCCAUGAUAAUAUACAGACAAUCCAGCACCAGAGAAGCUGGGAGACUCUUCCAUUUGGGCACACUCACUUUGAUUAUUCAGGGGAUCCUGCAGGUUUAUGGGCAUCAAGCAGCCAUAUGGACCAAAUCAUGUUUUCUGAUCAUAGCACAAAGUAUAACCGGCAAAAUCAAAGUAGAGAGAGCCUUGAACAAGCCCAGUCCCGAGCAAGCUGGGCGUCUUCCACAGGUUACUGGGGAGAAGACUCAGAAGGUGACACAGGCACAAUAAAGCGGAGGGGUGGAAAGGACGUUUCCAUUGAAGCCGAAAGCAGUAGCAUAACAUCUGUGACCACAGAAGAAACCAAGUCAGUCCCCAUGCCUGCCCACAUAGCUGUGGCAUCAAGUACUACAAAGGGGCUCAUUGCACGAAAGGAGGGCAGGUAUCGAGAGCCCCCGCCCACCCCUCCCGGCUACAUUGGAAUUCCCAUUACUGACUUUCCAGAAGGGCACUCCCAUCCAGCCAGGAAACCUCCGGACUACAACGUGGCCCUUCAGAGAUCGCGGAUGGUCGCGCGAUCCUCCGACACAGCUGGGCCUUCAUCUGUACAGCAGCCACAUGGGCAUCCCACCAGCAGCAGGCCUGUGAACAAACCUCAGUGGCAUAAGCCGAACGAGUCCGACCCGCGCCUCGCCCCCUAUCAGUCCCAAGGGUUUUCCACCGAGGAGGAUGAAGAUGAACAAGUUUCUGCUGUUUGAGGCACAGGCUUUUCUGGAUCCAGAGCGAGCCACCUGAAGGGAGAGCACAGGAAGAUGUCCCGAGCAUUGGAGCCUUGGAACUCACAUUCUGAGGAUGGUGGACCAGUUUGCCUCCUUCCCUGCCUUAAAAGCAGCAUGGGGCUUCUUCUCCCCUUCUUCCUUUCCCCUUUGCAUGUGAAAUACUGUGAAGAAAUUGCCCUGGCACUUUUCAGACUUUGUUGCUUGAAAUGCACAGUGCAGCAAUCUUCGAGCUCCCACUGUUGCUGCCUGCCACAUCACACAGUAUCAUUCCAAAUUCCAAGAUCAUCCCAACAAGAUGAUUCACUCUGGCUGCACUUCUCAAUGCCUGGAAGGAUUUUUUUUAAUCUUCCUUUUAGAUUUCAAUCCAGUCCUAGCACUUGAUCUCAUUGGGAUAAUGAGAAAAGCUAGCCAUUGAACUACUUGGGGCCUUUAACUCACCAAGGAAGACAAAGAAAAACAAUGAAAUCCUUUGAGUACAGUGCUUGUCCACUUGUUUACAAUGUCCUCCUUUAAAAAAAAAAAAUGAGUUUAGAGAUUUUGUUCAGAGAGUAAAUGUAUAUCCAUUUAAUGAUUACAGUAUUAUUUUAAACCUUAAGUAGGGUUGCCAGCCUGGUUUCUGAAAAACCAAAUAUGCCGGACAGGGUGUGGCCACACCAAGAAGA